AUGCCGACAGAACAAGCCCCAUCAACGGCCGCAAAAGCACCCUCUAAACUGGCGGCCUUAGAUGCAAGUAAGCUGCGAAUAAUUCGCAACCCAAAGCCGACUGAGUUGCCCGAUCCUGAUACCCUACAGUUUGGGAAGAAUGUUACCGAUCAUAUGCUGCAGGUGCAGUGGACAGAAUCCUACGGCUGGCACGAGCCUCAAAUCGUCCCAUAUGGAAAUCUCAGCGUCGACCCGACUGCAGGAGUCUUCAACUAUGCUUUCGAGUGUUUUGAGGGCAUGAAAGCGUACAAGGACGCACAAGGCCGAGCGCGACUAUUCCGACCGGAAGUGAACAUCGCUCGCCUGAAUCGAUCAGCAGCACGUGUUUCGCUGCCGACAUUUGAUUCCACAGCCUUCUUGACACUUCUUGCCGAGUUCGUAGCAACAGAAUCUCGACAUAUCCCUGAUAUCCGAGGGUACUCAUUAUACCUACGCCCAGUCUUGAUCGGAACAAACCCAGGACUAAGUGUCUCGGCACCCACCACCGUGCUUCUGUACAUCGUCGCCUGCCCCGUCGGCUCUUACUUCAAAGACGGACUUAAAGCGCUCACGCUGGAGGCAGUCAAUAGUUCACAGUGGGUGCGUGCGUGGCCUGGAGGAAGCGGGUCUCACAAAGUUGGCGCCAAUUAUGCCCCCUCCUUGGUGGCUGAGGGGGAGGUCCGACAACGGGGGUCAGAUCAGGUACUCUGGCUCUUCGGUGAAGACAAUCAACUAACCGAGGCCGGUACGAUGAAUUUGUUCGUUGUACUUCGCAAACCGGAUGGGAGCCGCGAGCUCGUGACACCACCGUUGGAUGGCAUAAUCUUACCGGGGGUUAACCGGGACUGUGUACUUCGACUGGCACGGGAGAAGUUGGAGGGGCAUGGUUGGAUAGUCCGAGAGCGGAGUAUCUCCAUGCGUGAGUUGGAGGCCGCUAGUGUGGCGGGUGAGUUGGAGGAGGUGUUUGGUACCGGAACUGCAGCAGUCGUCAGCCCGAUUGGGUCGAUUCGUUGGGAGGGAAGGAUCAUUAGCUGUCACAGGUCAGCCGUGCAGGAAGUGGGGGAUGUGGCGAGGAAGAUGAGAGAGUGGAUCGAGGCUCGACAGUAUGGUGAAGAUGAGCAUGAGUGGAGUGUUCUGGUUGAUGAUCUUGCCAAGGGUCCUGGGGCGAAACUCUGA